AUGGAGGCAAGACAGCUGAAAAGAGAUGUUGAGGCCCUUAUUGGUGAUUACAUUGGGCAGAAACUCAGAGAAAAUUCUUUUGAUCCAAAGGGCAAGGGGACCAACACAAUGCUCGACGACCUGGCUCACUAUGACCUUGCCAUUAGUGUUGCCCUUUGGUGGUUGGAUAAAGAAGAGGGACGGGAUGUGCUCGACAGGGACAUCAUAGCAACAGGCAGCUCAGGAAGUUCCCUGUACCCUAAUCGCUUAGAACGAGAGGCUAUGAUCCUGUCAUCCUUUGCCGGGGUAAUUAUGAAUAGCCUGCCAGUGGAGGAAAUCCUGGCUCUGUACAGGUGUAAACCAGCUGCUUCAUACCCCAACCACCAAUCCAAGAGCACAAUCGUCUACCCCUUCACUCUGUCCUACCAUCCAUUUGCCAUGCUCGGCUCUUACAAAGCUGUGCACCACUCCAAGAAGCACAGUCUAAAGUUGAAAAGAUGGCUGUCUGAGAGGAUGAAGGCUAGUGCCCCUCCUGCAAAAGUUUCAGUGCAGUCAUCAUCAUCUUCCUCCUCGUCUCACUCCUUCCUCAGUGACAGCAAUGAUUCCCACGAGGAAAGAGCUGAGCACUAUGAGGGUUCACAAGAGUCUCUGCAGGACUGAAGUCACCCUCCAGCAGCACCUCUUGGUUUUGUCCACAUGAUGGACUUCAUAUGUAUUUCUUCUACUUCUUGUACUUCUAUUGUCUUUACUUUUGGAUGUUCACUUUAUAUUCUCACAAUGACAAUCUUUAAACUUCAAUCUUUAGUACUUCACUUCACUACUGAAAAGUUCAGCAUAAGCAGGAGGUUGCUAAAGACAAUUCUCUAUUUACAAGCGUGGUAAUUACAUUUAAACAAUGGUGGUUGUGGCUGACAGGCUGUUUGUAUAGUGCGUUUUAGCUAAUACAUGACCCGUUUAGAGUUAUCAGUAAAAGACGGUCGACAUAUUUGACCUGAAACUGGAUAAU